AGCAAGGUCAGGGUGCUGGUGGUGGGCGAGGGUGAUCAAAGAAUGGGCAGAUGUCAAUGUGGACCUUGUUCUUGCCGAACAUGUCAAGUUACCGGAGGAAUUCGAGAACAUAGGCAUCGCUGCAGCGAGAAAAAGUUCAGAGUAGACUGUGGUUCUUGGGUAUUGACCAAAGGUGUUAUAGUCUUGCCACUUCUGGAACUCGUAGCGGCUCAGUACAAGAAGAGAUAGUAGGAUUAAUAUUGCUUGGCGUGGCUUUGGGUCCUGAAACUUCUGUUUGUGAAGCUGCUGCACGGGCUGAGAGAGGAGGUGGCGGCGGCCGCCGCCGCCACAAUAGCAGCCGACAUGUUAAUUUUUUGGUUCUAUCUAUUAUGUGGGGAAGUGUUUUUUGAGGGUGCACGGGGAUAUUGGAAGAGAAGACGGUCAGAGAGAGAUUGAAGAGGGUGAGAAGCAUGGAAAAGGAUGAGAGACAAUGGGAGGGUAAAAUAUAGUAGGGGAAGAAGAGCGAGGCAAAUCAAGCUAACAAGCACCUGUCCAGUUUCUUCUUCUCAUUCACCUGCUCGGAGAAAUGCCACUACUGUUGGUUGGCAUUCCGGGAUUUUCCUUAAGCAUAAGAGUGCUGAGUGCGUCAGUACUCGUAUGCAACUUGCUUCGUCGAAAGUGACACAGAAUAUGAUGGGGCUAUCAACAACUUCAUAGUGGACAGAAUAUGCCAUUUUUCCUUUUUGAAGGAUUUGUAGAACAAAUCUUGUGGUCAUUUGUCAACUUCAGUACAGCUCCGAUUCUCAAAAGCGAACUGUUUGAGCUAAGCACGAAUAUCUUUUCUUUUGGGACGUGGGUUGUAUUUGACUGGCUAGCUGAAUAUCGAUUGGAUCUUUCACCAAAAUUUCAGCCAUCGAAUAAAAACAGAUAGGGAGAAAGCAAGACCUCUUAAGUUAUGCUUGACAGCAGGUAGUUCAAAGAGAAGAAGGGUCGGCGAUAAGAGUCCCGAUUGAUUUCCUAUUAGACCCAUCCUCUGUCUUGAAAUUCUCUGUAAUUCUGAAAUUGCUUGAAUGGCGUCAAAGAGAAUACUGAAGGAGCUCAAGGACUUGCAGAGAGAUCCACCAACUUCAUGCAGUGCAGGUCCUGUGGCUGAGGAUAUGUUCCACUGGCAAGCAACCAUCAUUGGUCCAAAUGACAGUCCCUAUGCUGGGGGUGUUUUCCUUGUGACAAUCCAUUUCCCACCUGAUUACCCUUUCAAACCCCCAAAGGUUGCCUUCAGGACCAAGGUGUUCCAUCCAAAUAUUAACAGUAAUGGGAAUAUCUGCUUGGACAUACUCAAGGAACAAUGGAGCCCUGCACUCACCAUAUCCAAGGUUUUACUCUCCAUAUGUUCAUUGCUUACUGACCCAAAUCCUGAUGAUCCACUUGUUCCUGAGAUUGCCCACAUGUGCAAGGCUGAUAAAGUCAAAUAUGAGUCAACCGCUCGGAGCUGGACCCAAAAGUAUGCAAUGGGCUAGAUACUAUAUAUGUCUACUAAAGGUUAAAGAACCUCAAUUCUCUAUUCUUGCCGAUCUUAAACCUACCAUUUUGUCUGUCAUAAUGCCUUGUUGAGGUAUAGGAAUGGCCUGAGUUAGGCUUUAACUUUGUAAUUUGAGCAUCUCUUUGCUUGGAAUAAAAUUAUCUUUCAAUCUCAA